UGAUCAAAAUUUCCAAAGAGCGCCGCAACGAACUGGCAGAGGUUUGGGAUGGAGAAAUAUUUGGAAUCGGUUACUAGAAGAUGAUGCAGCUUGUCUUCAGUUACUAAGAAUGUCACUUCCAUGUUUCACAGCACUGUUUAACAUUCUACAAACAAAUUACGGUCUACAACCGACAUCCAAUAUAAGCAUUGAAGAAAGUGUGGCUAUAUUUCUAGUGAUAUGUGGACACAAUGAAGUUCAGAGAGAUGUCGGUUUGAGGUUUGGACGAAAUCAGGAGACUGUGAUGAGAAAAUUUAGUGAAGUUUUAACAGCAACUGAACUUCUUCCAUGUGAUUAUAUUAGAACUCCAACAACACAAGAACUACAGCGAAUUCUUGAAAGACUUCUAGUAGACCGAGUAAAUUAUCCGUAUUUUAGCGGUUGUGUUGGAGCGAUGGAUGGAACGCAUGUUUGUGUCAAAGUCACUCCUGAGUUACAAGGAAUGUAUUGGAAUCGACAUGAUAAUGCAUCAUUGAACAUCAUGGCAAUAUGUGACUUCAAUGUGUUAUUCACUUAUAUUUGGAAUGGAGCUCCAGGAUCAUGUCACGACACAGCUGUUCUAACCAUGACAAAAGAAAGUGAUUCUGAGUUUCCUAUGCCUCCACUUGACAAGUAUUAUCUUGUCGAUUCCAGCUAUCCCAAUAAACAAGGGUUUCUAGCUCCCUAUAGGUCAUCACGUAAUAGAGUUGUGAGGUAUCAUAUGUCACAAUUUAACUAUGGUCCCCCUCCAAAAAAUAAAGAAGAACUCUUCAAUCGGCGUCAUGCUUCUUUACGUUCCGUAAUCGAGAGGACUUUCGGGGUUUGGAAGAAAAAAUGGAGGAUUCUUUCUGAUUUUCCAAAAUAUGAUAUUGAUAUACAAAAAAGAGUGAUAAUGGCAACUAUGGGACUACAUAAUUUUAUCAAAAUUUCAAAUUUUGCAGAUGCAGAUUUUGCUGAAGUGAUGAUAGAGACGGGAAUAAACGACACAAACUCGGAGAACGAUUUAGACGACACAGAAGCAUUAAAUGCUACAAAUACAAUAGAUGGAGAAUAUAUGGCUCGAAUAAGGGAUAAUAUUGUAAAUAUGUUGUGGAAAAAUUUAAAUUCUUGAUUGUAUAUUUGUCUAUGUGGUGUAAUAAGAAGAAUUUAAAUUUUAUAUAUUUAUUAAUAAUAAUUAUAUCUUUUUUUUUAUUAAAAUAUAUUUAAAUUUAAGUUUUAUCCGCACCGCUUAUUCUACUUUUACCAUUCUACUUUUGGUUAUGUACCGCACUUGCUUUUUGUUACCAUUCACAUUUUAUUUUGUACCGCUUUUUUUUUGUUUAACCGCUAAUAAUCCGCAGUUUACAAAACCGCAGUUAAACCGUACCGCACUAUCCAAUCCACUUGUCCCGCACCGCUCAAUCCGCUGUUACCAUUCGGAGCCUAAGUUGAUGGCCACCUCCUCACCUAGUUUCUCAGCAUCCCUUGUGAGGGUUGUAGG